ACGAGGGCCGGGAGAGGGAGACCCGCCCUGAGACCCCAGGGCCAGCCGCAGAGGUGGCUGAGCCAGGGAGAGAGAGAGACAGAGGGAGAGAGAGACUGAGGUAGCGAGAACAUCUAGAGAGAAAAAGAGCCAGGCUGAGAGAGGGAGACAGGGGAGGGAGGGGGCUGAGAGCGAGACCCCACCCAGGCUGUGAGCGAGGGAGGGGGAGGAGGCCUCCCAGCAACACACAGGCCUGAGGGUGACAGGGCGGGGCUCCCGGGGGACCCAGGCCACCCGUCCAGGCACCUGCCAGCCCUCGGCUCCGCUGGGCGAGGACUUGGGGGCUGCCGGGGGCUCGGGGGCUGGCUGCUCUUUGGGGGAACCCACACAGGGGUGCCAGCCGAGGGCCCUCCAGCAGCAGCCAACCCCGAGAUGGAGCCCAGGGCCCCCGAGACCCCCGUGGAUGGGGACCCAGAGGAGGACACGGCCACGGCCCUCCAGCGGCUGGUGGAGCUCACGGCCGCCAGGGUGACCCCACUGAGGAGCCUGCGCGUCCAGUACCGCCUCAUCCGAAAGCUGGGCUCCGGCUCCUACGGUCGCGUGCUCCUUGCCCGGCCUCGCUCAGGGGGUCCAGCAGUGGCGCUGAAGCUGCUCCGACGGGACACAGUCCUGAGAACCACAUUCCUAAGGGAGUUCUGCGUGGGCCGCUGCGUCUCCUCGCACCCAGGCCUGCUGCAGACCCUGGCGGGGCCCCUGCAGACCCCUCAGCACUUCGCCUUCACCCAGGAGUACGCGCCCUGUGGGGACCUCAGUGGGAUGCUCCAGGAACAGAUGCCCGGCAAACAGCCCAAGGAGCCAGAGGCGGCCGAGGCUGCAGGCGACGGGGCUGACGAGGGCCUAGGGGGCCUCACCGUGGAGGAGCUCCGGCAGGGCCAGGAGGCGGCGCUGGCCCUGGAGGACAUGAUGGCGCUCAGCACCCAGACCCUGGUCCACGCCGAGGUGGACGAGCUCUACCAGGAAGUGCGUGCCCUGGGCAAGGGCCGCUUCGGCCGGGUCCUGCUGGUCACCCACCGUGAGAAAGGCACGUCGCUGGCCCUGAAGCAGCUCCCCAAGUCCUCCACCUCCCUCCGGGGCUUCCUGUAUGAGUUCUGCGUGGGCCUCGCGCUGGGCGCACACCCGGCCAUCGUGGCCGCCUACGGCAUCGGCAUCGAGUCUGCCGAUUCCUACAGCUUCCUGAGCGAGCCCGUGCUGCACGGGGACCUCAUCGCCUUCAUCCAGCCCAAGGUGGGCCUCCCGCAGCCCGCGGUCCAGCGCUGCGCAGCCCAGCUGGCCUCGGCCCUGGAGCACAUCCACGCCCACGGCCUCGUGUACCGGGACCUGAAGCCCGAGAAUGUGCUGGUGUGCGACCCCGACUGCCGGCGCGUCAAGCUCACCGACUUCGGCCACACGCGGCCGCGGGGCACCCUGCUGCGCCUGGCCGGGCCGCCCAUCCCCUACACGGCCCCCGAGCUCUGCGCACCCCCACCCCUCCCUGAGGGCCUCCCCAUCCAGCCGGCCCUGGACGCCUGGGCGCUGGGCGUGCUGCUCUUCUGCCUCCUCACCGGCUACUUCCCCUGGGACCAGCCCCUGGAGGAGGCCGACCCCUUCUACGAGGACUUCUUGGUCUGGCAGGCCUCGGGCCAACCCCAGGACCGGCCUCAGCCCUGGUUCGGCCUGGCGCCUGCCGCAGACACCCUCCUGUGGGGGCUGCUGGACCCCCGGCCCCGAGAAAGGAGUUCCGUGAGCGCAGUGAGGGGCUACCUGGGGCGACCCUGGAGGCAGCGGGAGGGGGAGGAGGAGGAGGUGGAAGAGGUGGGAGUGGGGGAAGGCGAGGGCGGGGAGUGACGGCUGGGGGGGACUUG